AUGGCCAGGCUGGCGGGGCCAGCAGCAGCCCUGGUCCUCCUCUGCCUGGCCGUGGGGCUGGAGGCCAGCCCGGAGCUCUCCGGGUACCUGCGCAAGGUGCUGAGGAACCACACCGCCCACACCUGUGACGGGGAGCAGCUCCUCAUCGUCUGCCCUCGCAAGACCACCAUCAGCAUCCUCGGCGCCUUCUACGGGCGUCGCGUACCCAGCCCCAACCUCUGCCCCAGCCCUGGCAAUGCCUCCCAGGAGAGCACCGAGUGCACGUCCACCACCGCCCACCUGAAGCUGCUGGCUGAGUGCCAGGACCAGCAGUGGUGCCAGUUCUCCGUGCACAGCCAAGUCUUUGGGCCGGACCCGUGCCCUGGGACACACAAGUACCUCAUCGCUUCCUAUAAGUGCCGGCCAGGGAACCAUCGGGUCAAGACCGUGUGCGAGAAUGACAAGCUGAGGCUGCAGUGCCGACCAAAAUCCAUCCUGGCCAUUUAUUCUGCAAAUUACGGACGAUUCCUGCGGGGCAAACCAGAGUGCGAUGCCCUGAACACUGGGGGACCCCAUAUAGAGUGCUUGGCUCCGGAUGCCCUGCGGAGGGUCUCCAAGAAGUGCCACCGCAAGGGGAACUGCACCGUGGCUGCUGACCGGGCCACCUUCGGGGACCCAUGCCUCCCCGGCACGAAGAAACAGCUGCGCGUCUCCUACACCUGCGUGCCCAAGCAGCUGCUGGAGGAGGUGGGCCCUGACACCUCGGACCCCUUCCUGCUCUCGGACUACAUGCACGGUGGCUGGUACAAAGGGCCCAGGUUCUCCAGGCUCCGGGAAGACCGGAUGAUUUUUACUAGCUCUCUGGCAGCUUUUGCCCACCUUUGGGGCGUCCCAGAGAAAGUUGGCCUCUACUUUCUUUGCGGGGUCUCAGGAGGCCUCAUGGUUCUGCUGUGCAUCAUCAGCCCCAAAACGACCUUCCUCCAGGAGGUGGGGGAGGCUCUCAAAGACCCAGAGCUGGGGAGCAGCUCGGAGCUGAGCAGGACCAAGCUGCGGGACGAGCAGGACGAAGACCUUCCCGACGACAGCUCCUCAGACUCCUCCUUCCGCCGCCUCACGCGCACCUACCGGGCCACCGACAGCAUCUUCAGCCCUGAGCUGACGGCAGCCAUGGAGGGAGCGGUGGAGCACCAGGGCCGCGGUGGGGAGGAGAUCUGGAUGCCCAAGGAGUCGAGCCCGUACGCCAUCCACAAGAUCAAAUCAGCCACCAAAUAA